AUGCGCUUGUCAGAAUGCAGGAAGUAGAUGUCCAAACUGUCAACAGUCCAACACAGUGCCAGUCACGGUCACUUGAUUGCAUGGCUGUCUUUAUGUUAAUUUAUUUUUAAACAUAUUUAUAUGACAGUGAUGUCUCGGAAGACCAAAACAGAGGAAUAUCACCGCUUCUUUACUGUAACAGAUCCACGCACACACGAGAAAGGACACACGGAAUAUAAAGUAACGGCCAGGUUUGUAUCAAAGACGCAGCCAGAGAAUGUUAAAGAGGUUGUGGUGUGGAAAAGGUACUCAGAGCUGAAGAAGUUGCAUGGAGAACUGGCGUACACUCACAGGAAUCUGUUCAGACGGCUGGAAGAGUUUCCCCCUUUUCCACGCGCACAAGUUUUCGGGCGUUUUGAUGAGGCAGUGAUUGAAGAGAGAAGAAACGCCGCUGAGGUGAUGCUGGUCUUUGCAACCAAAAUUCCCGCUUUGUACAACAGCCCUCAGCUCAAAGAAUUCUUCCGGGGGGGAGAGGUGAGAAGACCUUUGGAUACAUCCACCGUUGACACCUCUUUGCCACCUCCUCUAAUUCCCUUACCUGAGAGAGACACUGGGCUGUUGGCUGAAGAGGAGGCAGGAAGAGAAGCUCCAAUCCAGACCCAGGAACUGCAGUCCAAUCAAAGACUAACAGAUCUAGCCAAGCCUGAGAUUGCUCUCGAGGCCCUCAGUGACACGGAAAGCAGCUUAGCACAAAAUACUUCAGAAAUACAGAAAGGAAACGAUAGAGAAGGAGAGAUUAAAGCGCAUCAGAACAAUGCCACAGAUCAAUGCUCUGCUGCUAUACAAAAUACAGAUGUCUGUCCAUCUCCAAAAAGUCUGGAUUCUCCAGUCGAUGAUUUAGAGGAGUUUGAUUCGCUGUUUGAUUCUGGACUGGAGGAGCAUACAGACAAGUCUCUGCCUUUGCUGUCAGAUACAGACCUCGCUAUUUUUGACCCAUGUGCCAAAGAAGAACAACAGUACGGAUCACCCAGGCACGCUGAACUUCUCUCAGUCCCUUUGACCGGCGCAAAUGGCUCUGAUAGAGAUGCAUGCUAUGUGUCUCAGGCCACUGAAGAGCUGAAUGCCGCCCAAGAGCGAGAGCGAGCGGCCGAUUACAGCGCAGCAGUACAACGAUACAGAACAGCUGUCGAUAUACUGAUGAAAGGAGUUCAAGGAGAUGUGGAUUUAAAAAGGAGGGAUUCAGUGAAGAGGAAGAUUGCUGAAGUCCUAGAGCAUGCGGAAAGACUUCUCUUACAGACUCCCACUCACAACCAGAAUACAUAGAAAAACAAUUGAAGCACACACACUAACACAAACCUCGGAUACUCAAGCACACUCCCACUUGCACACUUUGGACUGAGUUUUAGCUAACAUGUAUAUAUAUUCAAAAAAUCUGCCACACUUUCCCUCUUGAGUGAAACUCGCCACCCACACAGUCAACAUACACACACAUACACUUGACUCCCACACUUACAUUCCCGUUUACCCAAAUAGUUACUAUUGUAGUACCAUCCAGCAGGAUGUGCCCCGUUCUUGUUCUGAACAGUUUUGCGCUCCUGCACUGUAAAAUCAAAAAACGCUAAUUUUUACUUGUUUUUUUUGCCUUUUACUUUAAAAUGAUUUAUAACACUUUUUGAUCAAUGUGAACUGGAAUCUACUUUUGUUGAAAUUUUUCUCAGAUUUCGAGUUAUAUUUUGUUGUGUAAAUUAAGUCAUUGUGUAACUAACUGACAGUUGUCUGAACUAACCGAUUAAGUCCUUAAAUGGAAUUUGCCUGUUUUGUCAAUUUCAAACCAAUCACACGUAUAGGCAAUUGCAAUCCAUUGUUCAAAGAUAAAAAAAAAUAUUCAACAAAAUAAAUAUGGUAAUCUAAUCAGGAAUGACUGGAUAGUAAAAAGUAA